GGAAAAGGGGGAGUUCGGGGCCGGUGGUGGCGGUGGCUACAGUGGCGACCUGGGGAUCGACCUGGAGGGGCCUGGGGAGCGUGCAGAGACCUCUAGUUCCAGCGCGAGGGACCUCCCGCCGGGAUGCCAGGGGAGCAGAUGGACCCUACUGGAAGUCAGUUGGAUUCGGAUUUCUCUCAGCAAGAUACUCCUUGCCUGAUAAUUGAAGAUUCUCAACCUGAAAGCCAAGUUCUGGAAGAUGAUUCUGGUUCUCACUUCAGUAUGCUGUCUCGACACCUUCCCAAUCUACAGAUGCACAAAGAGAACCCUGUGUUGGAUAGUGUAUCUAAUACUGAACAAACAGCUUCAGAAGUGCAAGGAGACAGUAAUAGUGGGUGCAAUGAACAUUUGAAAGAAGACAAAGCUGCAGACCCUGUGGAAUCUUCUGAUUUGCAUACGUGUGGUUCCGUGAGUCAGGUCAUAGAACAGUUACCUCAGCCAAACAGAAUAAGCAGUGUUCUGGGAGUGUCAGUGGAAGCUGCUCCUCUCUUAGAGGAAGAGAAGGAAGAGUUGGAAGAGAAGGAAGAAGAGUUGGAAGAGGAGAAAGAAGAGGUGGAAGAGGAUGCUCCAGAUGAUAAUGCACGCUCCCUUGGUGUUGAAGAUUCUGCUUCGUCACAGUUGGGCUUUGGGGUUCUGGAACUGUCCCAGAGCCAGGAUAUUGAAGAACACAUUGUGCCGUAUGAUGUGAACAAAGAGCAUCUGCCAUCAGUGACCACCAACUCCACUUCUGUUAGGCUGCCUGAUGUGGAUGCAAAUGCUGCAAUUCAACAUAAAAAACAAUCUAGUGAUGAUAUCUCCAUGACAGAACAGCCCAACAAAGACAUCCCUAUGACAGUACAUCCCUGUAAACGUGUUCAUGUGAUAGAAGAGCAAAAUCUGCCACCUCCAAGGUCAGAAGACUUGCCCUCUAGUCCCAAAGUUUCUGCUUCUACUUUGGAAACAAAAGAACAAGUGUCUGCUCAAGAACUUCUGGAAAGUGGACUGCAGAUUCAAAAAUCAUCAGAGCCUGAGGGUUUGUCAACUCAGGAAGACUUGUUUGACCAGAGCAAUAAGACAGAAGAUUCUGAUGGUUGUUCUACUCCUUCAAGGGAGGAAGGUGGGUGUUCUCUGGCCUCCACACCUGCUACCACUCUGCAGCUCCUACAGCUGUCUGGUCAGAGGUCCGUUGUUCAGGAGAGUCUUUCCACGAAUUCCUCAGAUCUUGUUGCUCCUUCCCCUGAUGUUUUCCGAUCUACCCCUUUUAUCGUUCCUAGCAGUCCCACAGAACAAGAAGAGAGAAAAGAUGAGCCAGUGGACAUGUCAGUGAUAUCUGAAGGAGAAGGGAUGCCUUUUCAGAAGAAACUUCAAGAGGAUGAACCAGUGGAAAUAGAAAAAGCCCCUGUCUUAUGUCAGCCCACAAGCCUCACACCACAAGCCUCAACACCAGUGUCUCAGAGCACACCAAUCUUCACUCCUGGCUCACUUCCUAUCCCUUCCCAGCCAGAGUUUUCCCAUGAUAUUUUCAUUCCAUCACCAAGUUUGGAAGAGCGAUCAAAUGAUGGGAAGAAAAGUGUAGAUUUACAUAGUUCAUCUUUGACUGUUGAGUGUUCUAAGACUUCAGAGAUUGAACCAAAGAAUUCCACUGAUGAUCUUGGGCUCUCCUUGACAGGGGAUUCUUGCAAGUUGAUGCUUUCUACAAGUGAGUAUAGUCAAUCCUCAAAGGUGGAGAGCUUGAGUUCUCCCAGGAUUGAGGAAGAUGCAGAAAACACGCAAAUUGAAGAUACCCAACCCUUGUCUCCAGUUACCAAUUCUAAACUUGUUCAUGCUGAAAAUAAUAUCCUAAUGAAUCCAGCACAAGAUGGCCAAGUAGAACUGAUUGAGAAUGAUGAUAAAACAAAAGGAGAUGACACAGAGAACAGAGAUGACUUGAGUAUUGUAGCUUCUGCUUGCAAAGGCAGAGAAGAGACUGUUGCUGAAGAUGUUUGUAUUGAUCUCACUUGUGAUUCGGGUAGUCAGGCAGUUCCUUCUCCAGCUACUCGGUCUGAGGCACUUUCUAGUGUCUUAGAUCAGGAGGAAGCUAUGGAUAUUAAAGAACACCAUCCAGAAGAGGGGUCUUCAGGUUCUGAGGUAGAGGAAAUCCCUGAGACUCCUUGUGACAGUCUCAGAGAAGAACCCAAAGAAGAAACUAUAGAGAGAAUUCCGUUGCACCUUUCUCUGACCGAAACUCAGUCCCAGGGGAUGUGUCUUCAGAAGGAAUUCCCCAAACCAGAAUGCCCAGAAUCUAUGGAAGUUGAAAGCAGUGUGAUUAGUAUCGACUCCCCGCAAAAGCUGCCAGUUCUGGACCAGGAAUUAGAACACAAGGACCCAGAAACAUGGGACGAAGCUACUUCAGAGGAUUCCAGUGUUGUUAUUGUUGAUGUAAAGGAGCCGUCUCCUAGAGUUGAUAUUUCUUGUGAACCUUUGGAGAGAAUAGAGAAAUGCUCAGACUCCCAGUCAUGGGAGGAUGUUGCUCCAGAAAUAGAACCAUGUGCUGAGAAUAGAUUAGCACCCCAGGAGGAAAAAACUACAGAAUAUGAUGGAGAUAUAAAAGCAGUUACUGCAGAAAAAGAGCCCGUAGAGGAAGACUCUCCACAGCCCCUCUUGCCGGUAGUGAGAGCACAUGAACCUCCCAGACCUGACCAGGAGAUGCAGCAGCCCCAGCUUCAAGACAAAGUAGAGAACUCAUUAACAGAAGACUUAAAGCUGGCUAAUGCCAAGCAACUAGGUUCAGAUGGAGCAUCGCAGCAGCUUGAGAAGGCCCCUGCCCGCACCUCACAAAGCUUCUGUGAAAGUUCUAGUGAAACCCCAUUUCAUUUUACUUUGCCUAAAGAAGGUGAUAUUAUCCCACCAUUGACUGGCGCGACCCCACCUCUUAUUGGGCACCUAAAAUUGGAGCCCAAGAGACAUAGUACACCUAUUGGAAUUAGCAACUAUCCAGAAAGCACCAUAGCUACCAGUGAUGUCAUGUCUGAAAGCAUGGUGGAGAUCAACGAUCCUGUACUUGGGAGUGAAAAAGUGAAUUCUGGAGCUGCCCCAGAAAUGGAUGAUAAACUAUGCCUGAGAAUGAAGCUGGUUAGUCCUGAGACAGAGGCCAGUGAAGAGUCUUUGCAGUUUAGUCUGGAAAAGCCUGCAGCUGGUGAAAGAAAAAAUGGAUCUCCUGCCCUUGCUGAGGCUGUUGCCAGUCCUCAGAAGACCAUGUCUGUGUUGAGCUGUAUCUGUGAAGCCCAGCAAGAGAAUGAGGCUCAAAGUGAGGAUGCCCGCACUGCACCCAUUAGGGGGAACUUACACCAUUUUCCAAGUAUUCAAGAUGAGGAGAAAGAAAAAUUGGACGAUAACCAAAUGAUCAGGCAGAGUGAACAGCUUGUGAGACCUAUAGGACCUGUCAAAGAUGGUGUUCCUUCUGAGGGCUCUGCUGCUGCUGCUGCUGCUGUUUCCCAGCAGAGGGCUGCACAGGGGCCAUUUAGCUCCCAAGGAGAAGCAAUGGAGAUAGACCUGCCAGAAGGCCAGAAGGAAGGGUGGAAUGCUAAUCAGGAAAAGCCUACUAAGGUCUUGCUUGAAAGGCCCACCCAGAGUAAUAUAGGAAUCCAGACUGUGGAACAUUCCCUGUGUGCCCCAGAAACUGUUUCAGCAGCAACACAAACUGUAAAGAAUGUGUGUGAGCAGGGGACCAGUACAGUGGACCAGACCUCUGGAAAACAAGAUGCCACAGUACAGACUGAGAGGGGGAGUGGUGAGAAACCAGUCAGUGCUCCUGCAGAUGAUACUGAGUCCCUCCACAGCCAGGGAGAAGAAGAAUUUGAUAUGCCCCAGCCUCCACAUGGCCAUGUCUUGCAUCGCCACAUGAGAACCAUUCGGGAAGUACGUACCCUUGUCACCCGUGUCAUCACAGAUGUGUAUUAUGUGGAUGGAACAGAAGUAGAAAGAAAAGUAACUGAGGAGACUGAAGAGCCAAUUGUAGAAUGUCAGGAAUGUGAAACAGAAGUUUCUCCUUCACAGACUGGAGGCUCCUCUGGUGACCUGGGAGACAUCAGCUCCUUCUCCUCCAAAGCAUCCAGCUUACACCGCACAUCAAGUGGGACAAGUCUCUCCGCCAUGCACAGCAGUGGCAGCUCAGGGAGGGGAGCUGGACCACUCAAAGGAAAAACCAGUGGGACAGAACCCACAGACUUUGCUUUACCCAGCUCCCGAGGAGGCCCAGGAAAACUGAGUCCUAGAAAAGGUAUCAGUCAGACAGGGGCGCCAGUGUGUGAGGAAGAUGGCGAUGCAGGCCUUGGCAUCAGACAGGGAGGGAAGGCUCCAGUCACCCCUCGUGGGCGUGGGCGAAGAGGCCGCCCACCUUCUCGGACAACUGGAACUAGAGAAACCGUUGUGUCUGGUCCAUUGGGCAUAGAAGACAUUUCACCUAGCAUGUCACCAGAUGAUAAAUCCUUCACUCGAAUCAUGCCCCGUGUGCCAGACUCUACCAGACGAGCGGAUACAGGUUCUAGUGCUUUGUGCCGGAGUGAUUCUCCAGAGAUUCCUUUCCAGGCUGCUACUGGUUCCUCUGAUGGCUUGGAUGCCUCCUCUCCAGGGAACAGCUUUGUAGGGCUCCGUGUUGUAGCCAAGUGGUCAUCCAAUGGCUACUUUUACUCUGGGAAAAUCACACGCGAUGUUGGUGCUGGGAAGUAUAAAUUGCUCUUUGAUGAUGGGUACGAGUGUGAUGUGUUGGGCAAAGAUAUUCUCCUAUGUGACCCCAUCCCACUGGAUACUGAAGUGACAGCACUCUCGGAAGAUGAGUAUUUCAGUGCAGGAGUGGUGAAAGGACAUAGGAAGGAGUCUGGAGAGCUGUACUACAGCAUUGAGAAAGAAGGCCAAAGGAAGUGGUAUAAGCGAAUGGCUGUCAUCCUGUCCUUGGAGCAAGGAAACAGACUGAGAGAGCAGUAUGGGCUUGGCCCAUAUGAGGCUAUCACACCCCUCACAAAAGCAGCAGAUAUCAGCUUAGACAAUUUGGUGGAAGGUAAGCGGAAACGGCGCAGCAACAUCAGUUCCCCAGCCACCCCCCCUGCCUCUAGCAGCAGCACAACACCUACCCGUAAAAUCACAGAAAGUCCUCGGGCUUCUGUGGGAGUUCCAUCAGGCAAAAGGAAGCUUCCUGUUUCUGAAGGGGAACGGUCCCCUGCCAAGCGAGGCCGCAAGUCUGCCACUGUGAAACCUGGGGCAGUGGGAGCAGGAGAGUUUGUGAGCCCCUGUGAGAGUGGAGACAACACAGGUGAACCUGUCCUGGAAGAGCAGAGAGGGCCUUUGCCCCUCAACAAGACUUUGUUUCUGGGCUAUGCCUUUCUCCUCACCAUGGCCACAACCAGUGACAAGCUGGCCAGCCGCUCCAAACUGCUAGAUGGUCCUACAGGAAGCAGUGAGGAAGAGGAAGAAUUUUUAGAAAUUCCUCCUUUCAACAAGCAUUAUACAGAAUGCCAGCUUCGAGCAGGAGCUGGCUAUAUCCUUGAAGACUUCAAUGAAGCCCAGUGUAACACAGCCUACCAGUGUCUCCUAAUUGCUGAUCAGCACUGUCGAACCCGGAAGUACUUCCUGUGCCUUGCCAGUGGGAUUCCAUGUGUGUCUCAUGUCUGGGUCCAUGACAGUUGCCAUGCCAACCAGCUCCAAAAUUACCGUAAUUAUCUGUUGCCAGCUGGGUACAGCCUUGAGGAACAAAGAAUUCUGGAUUGGCAACCCCGUGAAAACCCUUUCCAGAAUCUGAAGGUACUCUUGGUAUCAGAUCAACAACAGAACUUCCUGGAGCUGUGGUCUGAGAUCCUCAUGACUGGGGGGGCGGCCUCUGUGAAGCAGCACCAUUCAAGUGCCCAUAAUAAAGACAUUGCUUUAGGGGUGUUUGAUGUGGUGGUGACAGACCCUUCAUGCCCAGCCUCAGUGCUGAAGUGUGCUGAAGCAUUGCAGCUGCCUGUGGUGUCACAAGAGUGGGUGAUCCAGUGCCUCAUUGUUGGGGAGAGAAUUGGAUUCAAGCAGCAUCCAAAAUAUAAACAUGAUUAUGUUUCUCACUAAAGAUACUUGGUCUUACUGGUUUUAUUCCUUGCUAUGGUGGAGAUUGUGUUUUAAUCAGGUUUUAAGUGUGUCUUGUGUGUAACUGUAUUUUGCAUGGAUCUUGUACAUAGUUUUAUUUGCUGGACUUUUAUGAUAAAAUAAAUGUUGAAUUUCUUUGGUUGUAGUAA